AUGCGAAUCUCAUCUGUGCUUGUCGCAGCAGUCAGCUUGGUCUUGCCAGCAUGCCAGGCCGUCUUCGUCGAUGAUGCGUGGAAGGUAGACUGGCAUCUCGCCCUCGUCGGCGCACCCCACGAACACACGACCUUCUUCCACCAGCCCGUUGCUGCGUCCAAAGCAUCUCUACUCUACACCCUCUCAGACAAGACAAUCCUCGGAGCCAUCAACCCCAAGGAUGGCUCACUUAGGUGGCGCCAGCAACUAUCUCCUGCCACCAAUUCGACGUCGAGCUUCCUCCGAGCCGCUGCGGACCACCAUCUCGUAAUCAGCGCCGUCGACGGCCAAGUCGCUGCGUGGAGCGCUGCCGACGGCCGUCAAGCAUGGUCUGUUGAUCUGAAAGAUGCCACAGUAAAAGACUUGGAGAUUGUCGAGAUCCCAGAGGCCAACGAGCAGGGAGGAAGCAAGGAUGCCAUCGUCUUGACUGGAGGCUCCCAGCCCACCGUCAUGAGACUCGCCCGUCAGGACGGUGCUCAAAAGUGGCUCUUCAGAGAUGAGAGCGGAGACGUACCUUUCCAGCUCUCUGUCUCGUCCACACACAUCUUCUAUAUUUCUCUACACACGUCCAUGCUGGGAGGCCUCAAGAUCAAGGUCGCUUCCCUGGACCCUGUUACUGGACAAAAGAUGGAUCAAUACACGUUGGCUACCGAAGGUGACCUUGCUUCGACUGCAGACAUCUUGUCUGUUGGUGCCAACUCGGCCUCGCCCAUUAUUGCAUGGACCGACAAGGCCCGUUCCAACCUCAAGAUCAACGUCAUUGGCUCCAAAGCCGUGUCUACCUUCAACGUCGGAGCUGAACAAAAUGUGCUGAAUCUCUCCCUACACGCCCCCUACCACAUCAAUGCUCGCCCGCAUUUCCUCGUCCACUACGAGACGCGCUCGCAGAAUUGGGCCGAAGUCUACCAUGUCGACCUCGUCAAGUCAACCGUAUCCAAGGCCUACUCUCUCCCUAAGCUGACGGGCAGCGCCGCCUUCUCUGCCAGCACCUCUGAAGCCAAUGUCUACUUUACCCGCAUCUCCGAAUCCGAGGUCACGGUUGUGUCUUCUGCUUCGCACGGUGUUCUUGCCAGGUGGCCUUUGAAGGGUGCUGCAGGUAUCACUUUGCAGGGUGACCAUGCUCCCAUCCACGCCGUUUCUGAGGUGUCCGUCAAGUCGGAUACUGUCUCUGCUGUGCGCUCCGCAGUCUACCUGGCAUCUGGCGAUUGGGUGCUCAUCCGUGACGGAACUCCCGUUUGGGAGAGACCUGAAGCCCUUAGCAGUAUCAGGACUGCUGUCUGGGCAUACCUCUCUGCUCCCGAAGGACUUGUGCACGAGCUCGAGAUUGAAGGUCAUUCCAACCCCAUUCAGGCAUAUAUCCACAGAGUCAAGAGACACAUUGCAGCUUUGGAGUCUCUCCCAGCAUACCUUACAGCUCUGCCCGGUCGUAUCGCCAGUAGUAUAGGUCUUGGAGCCUCUGACGCCGAUUUAGAUUCGACAAACAUCUUUGGCUUCCACAAGAGGAUCAUUUGCGCCACUGAGAGCGGCCGCUUGAUUGCACUGGACGCUGGCGGCAAUGGUAACACGGUGUGGAACGUCAAGAUCGACAACAACGCAGCUUCUUCUCCUUGGCAAUCGCCCAAGCUUACUGCACGCCCAGAUGGUACAGUGGUCGCCAGCAGUAUUGACGGUAGUCAGCACAGACUCUUCAAUGCAUCCACUGGCGCUGAGAUGACCUACACCGGAUCUGCACUCUCUCCGGAGCUCACCCAUGGUGCUGCCUUUGCUUACGGCUUGGAGGAUGGCAAGGUCGUAGGCGGCCCGAUUGCUGAGGCUGCAUCAUGGAAGUUUUCACCUGGCAACGAGGAGAAGGUCUACAGUCUGACUCCUCGCCCUCUCGAAGACCCUGUGGCUUCCAUCGGAAAAGUUCUUGGAGACCGUAAGGUUCUUUACAAAUACCUCAACCCCAACACUCUUCUUGUCAUCACUGCCUCCGAAGCAACACUAUCGGCCACUGUCAGUGUGCUCGACGCAUUGUCAGGAUCCGUGCUCUACGCCGCUUCGCACCAAGGCGUCGACGCGACUAUGCCCAUCGCCUCAACGAUAUCUGAGAACUGGUUCGCUUACUCGUUCGCCUCGCAACCAACAGCAGAUGGUGUUAAGGGCUACCAACUCAUCAUCGGUGAGAUGUUUGAAUCACCAUUCUCGAACGACAGAGGACCUCAAACUGCUAUCAAGAACUCAUCAGAGAUUGACUACAGCUACCAACCUCAUGUAAUUGCUCAAUCUUACCGAAUUCGUGAGCCAAUCUCCAAGUUGGCAGUCACACAAACUAGGCAAGGAAUCACGUCAAGAGCACUGUUGGCUGUGCUGCCCGAAUCUAACGCGAUCGUCGGCAUUCCUCGCCAAGUCAUUGACCCCCGCAGACCUGUUGGAAGGGAGGCUACUAAGGACGAGAUGAUGGAAGGUCUGAUGAAGUACACUCCUGUCCUUGAGUUUGACCCCAAGUGGUACCUCAACCACCAACGCGAAGUUUAUGGAGUCGAAACCAUCACGACCAGUCCGGCAGUACUUGAAAGUACUAGUCUGGUCUUCGCUUACGGCCUUGACGUGUUCAGCACCAGAAUCAGCCCAAGUUUCUCGUUUGACAUUCUCGGCAAGGACUUUAACAAGCUCCAAAUGCUGGCAACAGUAGCGGCACUUGCUGUGGCGACUGUCGCUGUCGCACCUCUAGUAAGUCGCUCAUUAGUAAUUGUGAUACAGUAG